UAAAUUUUAGAAAUGGAAGAAAGUAUCCUAAAGGAUUGUCCCAAGGAUGAUGAUGGAGGCUUAUUCAUGCUAUUAUCCAUUGCGAUGGUAGUUGUGAUUUUGUAUCUCUUUUUGGCGAGAAGAAACUUGUUGACCCAAAACCAAAAUCUUAGAGACCAAGUCAAGACUUUAGAAAAAGAAAAUAAAGCACUUCAGCAAGAACUUGAUGCAACUAAUGUGGUUGAGAUCGAGCCAGAAUUUGACGAAGCUGUGGAGGAAGUUAAGGACGAAUGCCCUGUGUUUGAUGAAAAUCAGAAGGAUGUCUCCAAAUAUGUCAUAUCUUGAUUCGAGCAUUAUGGUGUUGACCUAGGGGAAUUUGAAUACAAGCAAAACCCUCAGAACAAGUUCUUUUACAACCUGAAGAUUGAUGGCAAGAUGGUCAAUGCGAAGGUCACAAAUGGCAACUUCUACGUCAAGGGAGGUGGUGGCUGGUAUACCUUAAAAGACUACAUUCACGAGUUCUUUGUCAAAAAGAAGGCAUCUAAAAGGAAUUCUAUUAGGAAGAGAGUCUUGACAUCUGAAACAGGUGGUAAAGAUGGAGAGAAAAAUAGCCCACAGAAGGAGAUUAUCAGUCUUAAUUCCAGUAUUCGGUCUUCAACUAAGAAAAAUGAGUAAUGAGAAGAGAAUUGGUUUAUACUAUGGA